GAGAGGCAGACCCCCAUCUCCGAGUGCUCCAGACGUUCUCAUUGGCCAGACCUUUCUACAAAUCCAACUCAGCAACUUCACUCAGAACAGACUAACAAAUUAUAACCGUAUGUAUUUUACCAACAAAAACGCGUUUGCACUCUACCAUACAUUGGUGCAAGUGUUAAAGAUGAAAGUUUUGUCGGUCUUUUUAUUCUAAUAUAUCCAAAGCGACAGUUACUUUUGAUUGGUUAUCUUAUAGGAUUUCGAAAUUAUAGAGAGAGCUAUUUGAUUCAAGGAAAGGAUUGGACAAAGAACUAUCUUCUCCGGCCACAAUCCUGAGCAUCCAGCGGCAAAAUCGAGACAGUGAGAAAAAGAACAGAUAAACAACCAAGGACAUCUACGGGCCUUACCCAAUUUUCAACAUUUUCUCCAACUUUACCCCCCAGUCCAACAUUAGCAUGAUGUCGUAUCUGAAGCAACCACCUUACACAGUCAACGGACUGAGCUUAACGACCUCCGGAAUGGACCUUCUGCAUCCAUCCGUAGGCUAUCCAGCGACACCCCGCAAGCAGAGAAGAGAAAGGACGACUUUCACACGCGCCCAACUUGACAUUUUGGAGGCACUGUUCGGCAAAACUCGCUAUCCUGAUAUAUUCAUGCGCGAGGAAGUAGCACUAAAAAUCAACCUACCAGAGUCUCGUGUACAGGUUUGGUUUAAGAACCGAAGGGCAAAGUGUCGCCAGCAGCAACAGCAGCAGCAGAACGGGGGCCAGAACAAGGUGCGACCAGCCAAAAAGAAGAGUUCUCCAGCCAGGGAAGCGAGCUCUGAAAGCGGGGCGAGUGGCCAGUUCACACCGCCCUCAAGUACUUCAGUCCCGACCAUCUCAACCAGCACCGCACCGGUAUCUAUCUGGAGUCCAGCCUCUAUCUCUCCGAUGGCUGACCCUCUCUCUACCUCCUCUUCCUGCAUGCAAAGAUCAUACCCAAUGACCUACACACAGGCCUCGGGAUACAGCCAAGGCUAUGGCGGAUCAACGUCAUACUUCGGCGGAAUGGACUGUGGUUCUUACCUUACUCCCAUGCAUCACCAGCUGUCUGGCCCCGGGACGACACUCAGUCCUAUGAGCACCAACGCUGUCACAAGCCAUCUGAGCCAGUCCCCUGCGUCCCUCUCCACUCAGAGCUACGGAGCCUCGGGGCUAGGCUUCAACUCCACGGCGGACUGCUUGGAUUAUAAGGACCAAGCGGCAUCCUGGAAACUGAACUUCAAUGCAGAUUGCUUGGAUUAUAAAGACCAGACUUCAUCUUGGAAAUUCCAAGUCCUGUGAAAAAAACAAUGUGUAAACUAUUCAAACAAAGACAAUGAUAAAUCAAACAUAUAGCUCUGACAUCCUUCAAUAAGAUAUAUGCUUAAAAUACUGAAUAUUCGUGUCGUCGGUAAGGAACUGCGAGAGAGAGGGGGCUAUCGGUGGCGCCUCGCGUUGUUGGCAUGAUGUUUGGCCCCAGCCUGUAGAGGAGAAUUUAGAAUUUAUUUUAGCGUUGGCUAAGAGACUUUAUUUUCAUUAACUUCACAGGUUGUAGCCCUCUCACAUGUAUGUCUGUCAGUGUGUGCCUCUAUGCUUACAACACCUGUUGGUUAAUUUAAGGAAAACUCGGAGGUGACCCGUAGUAAUUUAUGGUACAUCACAGCCAGGGAACAAAUCCUUAUCCCAGAACAACAUUGCUAGAGGAGCGGAUCUUUUGGUUAAGAGCUUUGGAUGGACAGGCUUCGUUUAAGCCUUAUAACUUGCCGACCUAUUGGUAGAGAGACUGAUCAGGAUGGUGUGUGGACUGCGCGCACCCGAGGCGACAUGGAUGCACUACUUUAUUUAAGAAAAAGUGUUUAUAAGGAAUCAAUAUGUAGUUUCUAAGAGACAAUCAGUGUGUGUCUUAUAUAAAUGGUACAUAUGUGUUUUUUAAAAUCUGUGCUAGCCUUCGAAACUGUGAUCUGUUGUAUUGUAUGCAAUUUGUGAGCUCCCUCGCAUCAGCGAUGACUCUCUGCUGUGAUUUUAAUAGAUUUGUAACUUUUUGAUCAACAAAAAAAUAAUGGAUAAUGAGAAAAUAAUUAUUAUUGCAAGAGACAACCUGACUGUCCAAACCCAUGGUAGAACAUCUGAGGUGAUACUGGAAAAGAAACUUGAUUGCUGAGAGCUCUCUAGAUUUGCGCGUUGUUCUCCGUUGAUCACACGCUGAUUGUGGAUACCUAACAUGGCUCCAAAGAUGGUGUGACCCCACCGCUGAACAGACAUGAAUAAAGGUCCUGUGAUCUGACCCCCCUCCCCCCAUUUAUCAAUUAACUUAAUAUGGAUUCACUAUUGACUGUGUGUGAGUGUGUGUGUGUGUGUGUUGAUUAUCAUAUUUAUGUAUUUUACAAGGUCAUCCUUGGACCAAUAUGGAUUAAACGUUGUGUAAGUAGGUCUUAUAUGUACUGUAUGUCCCCUCACCUUGAAUCAGGGGCGGAAUGGGACCAAACAUCUGCCCUGGCAUUUCUAACAGGAGGACACUCCCAUUUUCUUUGCCCCCAUUAUUAGCCUGAUAAUGAUCAUUUUGCUGAUAAUGAUCCUCAUAGGAGUCAUAAUUCAAUUUAUUGGAAUAAUAGAGAAAGAACACCCGUCUCGUGUGUUUUAAGGAUAUGUUUAUUGCAAAAUUAACAGGACUUCAGCCAUUCAAGCAAAAAGUCUAACAAAAUCUUGGUAGGCAAGAUAAAUGCCAGUAGUCUAGGCCUAUGCAAUGUUAUCUCCUCAGAAUAAGAUCUUUCCCAAAUAAAUUAAUGAACGAAUGUCAGUCAUAUAAAAGACUCACAAUAACAACAGCAAUAACAACCUCGAUCAUAUUAAUAUUCAAACGACAUAGAAAAAAACCCUGUUGACUAGUUGGGAUUACCUUUUGACAGCAAGAGGGCGGGCUGUUUUAUCAUUUCCAGAGAGAUUUUAACGCUACUUCAGGUUUUAGGAGGUGUGUUAAUUAGGCCUGUAAUUACCAUCUUAGUAAGCAAUCAUUAGCCACACUUGGCCGUUCAAUAUCCUCCAAUCCGCCUCAAACGGUAAACAGGCAGCCUGCUGUCUACAAUGACCAUUGCUAUAAUAAAGAAAACAUACGGUGUAAACCUAGCUGUGUUUCAAUCAUAAUAGAUCAUGGAUAAAUAAUACCAGAGUUGGCCUAUUUCAAGCCAUAAAAUGGUUGUUGCUUUUUUUCUUUGUCAAGCCCAGUGAUACAAAACGUGGAUUUGACUUAUUCACGUUGAAUCCAAAAUAAAUAUGAUACGAUGACAGUGAACAGCUCUGCGUCGUGUAAUUGCGCUAUUACAAAAUAAGAGUUUAUAAUUUCAGAAUCAGCCAGGGUCCAGGGUAGGCUAUAGCACAUUUUAAUUAGCCUAUGUUUCUUUGUUCGUUUCCUGUCCCUCGUUUUAGAUAGUCUCAGCGACAGGAAUGUGCUUCUUGGGAAAAUUGUGUUAAUCCUGGCCUCAAAGAGAAACUAAUCCCAAUAUUUUACUAGCGGGUUUCUUUAGGCACAGGGCAACCGCGGUUUAAUUCAAGCACCACUGCAUGCUUCUACCCAACUCUGCAUUCCAUAGGCUGGCCUACUGCACCAGUUCGUUUUAAGCAGCCUCUCUACAAACAAACUUUGAUUGAGUUUUUUGUUCAAAACAUGGAUUGACUCGAUCUCAAAAAAAAUAAUGAGGUUAUAGCUAUUCAAAUUCAUGCAACUUGGUAAUACUAUGGACAAAUUUUUAAGAAACUCUAAUUGCAUAUUGCUAAACUGAAGCUGCCCAUAUUCAGCAAACUGGAAUUGUUAAAAUCAAUUAAAAGGGAACAAAAGACGUCUAAUUAGUUAAGUUAAUCAAAGAUAUUGAAGCACAGCUCUCUGCAAAAGUUCCACUAUGACGUGUAAUUGCACAAAGUUUCAAGCUUGCAUUCAUAGUUGUUUUUGGACCAAAUCCGAUUUUGUUAGGGGGUGCAAUGUUUAUAAGAACAAUUGGCACCCCGGAGUCAUCUGAAGCCAAUGGAGAACUUCUACAAAGCUAAAUCUGGAGAAGGCAAAGAAAGGCGGAGGGAAAGGGGUUUUAACGUCGGCUCUGGGUUCUUUCGGAAAGUCUGACUCUAGGCAUGCAACGUUAUUGUGAGUUAACUGAGAGGCAAAGUCAGAAAAGCAAUCGAAUCUUUAAUGCCUCUGCGGUAAUUGUUAGAAGUCGAACAUUCAAUUAGUAUCCUUGACAUUGCAAACAAUCCUUCUUUCUUUCGAGUCCUCACACGCUAAUUAAAACCCGGGCUUGAAAUAAUCGAACCAUUAAAAAGAAUAAAGAUUUAGAUGUUAUUCCUUUGCAGAAAAGGGUAGGCAAAUGAACACUGCGUGUGUGUAAUAUGAAUUAUAAUAAUGAUCAGCUAAAAUAGAUAGACAGUUUAGAUGUAGGUAAAAAGUUCAGUCGUAUUAACAUACUAAAGGCCUACUUGAGUGCAAGUACAAAACUGUACAACAAAAAUUACAUACAUACUGUAUGCAACAAUUAACAAUGAAACAAUAAUAAUAAUUAACAUUUAAACAAUAGCUUCAAUUAUCUGUUGCAUGCUUAUUCAUGAGCUGGCGUCUCCUCGUGCUGUGUCAACAUCAACUGGCCUCUGCCCUGCAGACUGUACAAUGUGUUUCCAUAGUGUUUGGAAUUGAAGGUCACUCGCAGGAAGAACAAAUUUAGAUAUCAACUGACAACUUUUGGUAUGCUAUAAGUAUUUGAUUUGAGCGUUUGACAUAAAUGAUCAGUGUUCUUAAUGGGAAAUCCUAACGAUAAACGCGUUAGUUAAUAUUUAAAUGCAUUUGUGCAUAAAGGGAUUAGCUCAUAAAUUCGAUUUACUUGCGGGAAUUAAGCAUUCUGAUUGGACCCUAGCGCACAGAGCCAUUCACACCACAUUCAUGAGCGAUUCUAAUGGUAAUAUAUUUUUUAAAUCAACUAACUAACAAUAAAAUCCCUUUGCAAUUAGACCAAACUGAUAAUGAUGAGAGCGUUAACAUCAGGUAAAUAGCUAAAUAUCUUCUAUCAAUGCUUAUAUUCAACAAACAUUUUUAGAAGUCAAAUGGCCUGCUAAAUAACUGUCAGACAGUGUAGCACAUUCAUCUGAGGAGCAAGUCUACGCGGGCAACUUGACGUAGGCCUACAACUUCACACACGCACAAAAUGGCAACCACUAUUUAUAACAAUAACAACAAUAGACCUAACCAGAAUAAUAAUAGUAACGCUACAAAUAAUACCAAUAAUAAUACCAAGAAGUCGAGUCAUCAUAACCAUCACAAUAGUCACCAAACUGUCGCCUAUAAGGGCCCUGUGUUUAGCGCAAUCAUGUAACAUGCCUGGAUUUUAACCUUUAUUUAAAGAUUUUUAUUCAAACUGUCCACUUUUCAUUUAUGUCAGAUGGUCCAGCAUCAUCCUUAGACAAUUUGCUUUCAAUUUUGGUGUAAUUCUCAUUUCUGGAUGAGGCUUAAAAUUAAGGAUAAAAUCUUGCUAUGUCACGAUUGUGCAAAACCCCAAUUGCUUUUGUAUUAUUAAAAUACAUUGGUAACUAGCUAUCCA